GGAUGAGGAGAGAUUUUUACGAGAAAACUGAAGAAGAAAUAGAUCGUCGGAAUUUGAUGCGAUUUAGUUUAAUUGCACCGAAACGAGGCGACACUAUCCGAAAAUUGCUCGAAAACGAAAAGGAGGAGCAAGCUAAGAAGUAGGGAUGAGCAAGCGAUUGAAAUACGCCAAACUAAGGCUUGCCAAGCCGAUAAAUGUAGACGAUACGCCCUCGACUGUGGUCCCUGUCCAUACAAAUGUUGGUUCUCUCUAUUUUCUUUUGCUUCAUUUCAGCACGGAUAGUACAGUGAUUACACAAACAUCGAAAUAUUUUAAUAAUAGGGUAGAAAAGACAUGUACCAAUGAAGAGACGUUUAUAUUAAUACACUCUGAAGAUUCUGGCGAGGAUAAUGGAAAGCCCAAGGAGCAAAGUUCAAGGCGAAGAACACAAAAACCGCCAAAAUUAUGUCCAAACGAUGGUCCUAAACUCCCCAAGCUUAGAAAGAAAACCUGCGAUGGCAACAGACUGAUCAGUAACUUUUUGAGUUCGCAAACAAAUCGAAUACCGGCAGAAGAUAAUGAUUUUGAAGAAGACAAACCCGGCCCAGGAGCUCAAUCGAAACAAACUAAAGUACAGAGAGUAACUAAGAAAACUACCAAAGCUCCAAAGCAGAUCAAGAAUCAAUCUGACAUUCGGAAGGUAUUUAAAAAGUACAAAAGUGAUCACGAGCUACUAAAUGAGCUUCUUAAAGAACACAGCACUUCUGAGCACAUCGAUCCAGAGCAACUACAAAUAGCGUUAGCUAUGUCACGAUCGCUGAUCGAUCAGGAUUGUGACCAAAAACCAACAACAAGUGGAGAAUCUCGUGAUAGAGACUUUUCAGUUGCAAGUUGUUCUGGUUCUUCAGAAGAGCGCCGGAUCGUCAGCAUUCGUACGACUUUAGAGCAAUUUGGUUUUCGGUGUAAAAACAGCUACACUGACUACGAUUUGAAUGUUAUCUUUGGCAGUGCGUCAUCUAAGAAUGUGAAAAAAAUCAAGCAUAAGCGGGCUACGAAUUUGCAGUUUAGGAGUAAGGAAGAGUUGGCUGCUUUUAUCGAUAAUCAAGUAAAGAAAUUGAUACCUUUGAGAACUUUAGAGAAUGCCACUUCCGCAGGAAAAUUGCAGGACUCGAGAAGUAUUAAAUCUCACUUAAGCAAUCAUUUUUGGAUUGCACAAACUGAACUAUCGAGCAAUCAAUUGAUGGAAAAGUAUUACGUUCCAGAGCUUUUAAGAGCAAAUCCAGCUCCUGUAGGCUGUAUGUUGAAAGACUGGAGCAAAAUUCCAGGACGUGACAGUACACCCGAUCGAUAUAACGAUGUACCGAGAGAGAAGAUAACUGCUUCAAUGGAUUCUCCUGAUUUGUUUAAUGAAUCUGAAAUAAUCAAGAGAGCUUCAAAAUGCGGCAAAAUAGAUAAAUCUUUAGUAAAUAACAUUGAAGCAGAAAAGACUAAACAGGAGUGUGGUAUGGAAAAUGAGCAAAAACAUUACUCACAGGAAAUGCUAGUAAUUCGAUCUUCAAAUGAAUCCGCUUCCGUUAAUUUAAAUGUUGAUUCUCGUGUUUUGAAAAAAUCUUCGAACACGAUCGAUUCGAACAAUGUUGAGCAGCGUGUAGAAAUGUUCGAAACAACCUUACAUGAUAUGAAUCAAAGUCUUGUUUCGAAUAAAUGCAAUGAAAGGCAAGAAGAACUAUUUGCACUAAACGACAAUUCUGAAGAAGACAAACGUAACUUUGUUACUGAGUGUGUGCUUCCCGCCUUUUAUCAGAGCUCGGAAAACAUAUUCGACGAUACGGAUCCGGAUCCGAUAGUCAGCUUCGAAGUUUUUUCAAGCGAGGAAGAAAAGAUUUCUGCAAUUUCGCAAGUCCGUGUGGUAAAAAAAUCAGCAAGCGGUGAUACUGGCAUUGCAGAAACGGCCCAACAGGACAGAAGAAAAGACAUAAUACUUGAACAGAAUGAUGCCAAUGGCUUGCCGAAUGAAGAAGAGACUGAUAUUGAAAGCAAAACAUUGGAAAACUGCCAUGAUCCACACGUCAUGGAAGCAUGGGUUUCUUCCAAAAAGGAUCUUUCAUUUCAUCGACUCUCUAUUAAAGCACGCCUGCGUGAAGCUUUGGAAGGAAACCCAGAUACGAUAGCAACGGUUGAUUUGAUAGAAAAUGAUCCUGAUUUUGAUAAAACAAUUUCGAAUCUCGCACAUCGGAAUGUAAAUAUUCAGAUUGGGGCACAAUAUACCCAUCUUAAUAAUACACAGGAUGAUGUGCUGUAUAUUUCUGACGAUGAAGUGAAUCAUUCCAUUUGUUGUGUUCCUGCUGCAAGUUACAUAGAAUCAGUUAAAGAAAAACUGGGAAACACAUCAAAAGCGGAUCUGGACGUAACAAUUACAUAUAACGUAGCUGAAUCCAUCGCGCAAAGGGGAGAUAACGUAAAUAUUCUGCCCUCUAAAUUGGAGUGUCAGCCCACUGAGCACGAAGAACCUAUAAUGUUAGCUUGUUAUUCCAAUGACAACGGCAAUGAACCAGUCGUCGGAGAAAUUAACUGUGCUGAAAGUACGUUAGCUUACCUAGAUCAUUUGGUGAAGGAGUUCAACUUACCUCCAUUAAAAUCCCAACAAAACGCUCAGAAUGACAAUGGAAAUCAUCAAAUGUCUCUUGAGACGGAAAUUUGUCAAGAAACAUUAUGCAUUAAAAAACAUGCUUCUAAAAUGUAUGAGCAGCUUUCAAACCGUCUUCACUCUUAUGAAGAGCACAAAUUCGAAAACCAUGAUAUAGAUUAUGAAAUAACAGCAUCUCAAAGUCUCCUGAAGGAUAAUGUUUUCAGUGGUGGAAUCGGCACGACACCGGCGAGAGGACUGAGUAAAAUGAAAACCUGUACAACAUUUGAUUCCCCAAAGAAUCGCUCUGUUUUGAAACGACCUGUGCCCGAAACAGGAUACCUUUCGUCCUCGACGCCGCAUGAAAAAGACGCGCCAAAACUAUCGGGCGAUAAUAGAUUUGAGAAUAAAUUUAACGAGUUGAAGACGGCAGAAGUAGAUAUCCCUGAGACAGAAUACGUCAUACGUACGUUGAAUGUGAAUCAGAAACCUCCGGCAUACGAAGAUAUGUCAACGUCGGAAAUUGAACGUGAGUUGUUUAAGUACGGGUUGAAAGCGUUGCAGCGAAGUAAAGCGGUUCGUAUGCUGUAUUAUUUGUUUGAAAUGAUGCAUCCAUAUGUGAUGAUAGUAGAAAGGUAUAAUAUACCAAUGGGAAACAAAGAUCCCCAUCGUAAGGUGAAAGAUGUCAAGGAGAAACAUAAGCAGAUUCUAACAUCUUACAGUUCGGUUGUUUUAAAAACGCCUCGAAAAUGCGCUUUUAAGUUGGAUCUUAAUAGUACGCAGUUUUUCCUUCCUUCGAAACCUAGGAAAAAGAUGGCGUGGUGCGGUGUUCCGCUUCACAUUUCUUUCUUCAAUUUAGUUUCGGAAUGCGAUCAACUACAGCGACAGAUUCUACGCUAUGAACCGGUUAGUCUACACCAGGUUGACGAGCUGCUGAAGGAUGGUGGAUUGCGUUAUGAAACAAACGAUCUGAGAGCUUUUUUCGACAAGCAUAGCAUCACAUUUCGGACAGCAUCUUCUAAUGGAGAACGAAUGGCAAAAGAGUGAAAUCAAAGAAUAACAACUAGUACAACAUCCGAUAGAUAGUUUUCAAGUAAACAGGUGAUAUAUAACGUUCAACUGUAUGUAGCAAGAAAUGCCGUAUACGUCAAUCUUCUUCUUCUAUGUUUUCCUUCUAUACCUAGUGCGUCCCGUAUAAUGCUUAAACAUAACGCUCCUUUACCACUUGAUUUAAAACGUAAAAAAAAACAAAAAAUACAUAACUUUAAUGCAUUUGCGAAA